AUGUCUAUACCUAUCAUCCACAGAGGUAGUGAACCUAUACUUGUAAACCAGGGGUUGACAGCAAAGCAAGAAGUCUUAAAAGAAUCAGGACAUUUUGGGGACAGCAGACUCCAAAGAGAUGCUCUUCUGGAUUCUAAGUACAGAGAAAUGUGUAAAUACAAGAGGAUGGAAAGGCUGCAUCAACACCCUGCUGAAGAAAGACAAUACAGGUGCAAUGAGUGUGGGAAAAGCUUCACUCAGAGCUCAAGCCUCAUUCAACACCAGAGAAUCCAUACCAGGGAGAAGCCAGAUGAAUGUAAAGAGCGUGGGAAGGCCUUCAACCAGAAAUCAGGCCUGAAUGAACAUCAGCGGAGCCGCACUGGAGAGAAACCUUAUCAAUGUAAGGAGUAUGGAAAAGCCUUCAGUACCUGCAGUGAUCUCAUUAGACGUGGAAGAAUCCACACAGGUGAAAAGCCCAGUGAAUGUGAAGCAGGCGUUAUCUGCCUUAUCUCACGCCUUGUCCAACAGCAGCAGAUACACACUGGAGGGAAGCGCUAUCAGUGUAAGAGUGUGGCAAAACCUUCCUUCCUUCAGAAUGCGGGACUUUAGCAUCUUUGUAUCCACACUGGUGAGAAACCUUAUCAGUGUAGUCAGUGCAAUAAAAGCUUUAGUAGCCGGACACGCCUUAUGAAUCCCAGAGAAGCCACACUGGAGAGAGCCUUUACAAAUGUCAGAAGUGUGGGCAAGGCUCCAGUCAUUACUGGAGCCUCAUUAGGCAUUUUAGAACACGUACAGUUGCUGAAUUGGACUCAUCCUGUGGACUUGCAGUCCUUUUAUGUGAGGGGGUUCAGUAAAGAAACCACCAACAUGACUGCUCCAUGAUAUGGUUAAGAUUUUUAUUGUAGAAAUGUGAGAGAGAGCAGCCAGAGGCACCUGGAAAGAGUCCCGAGCAGAGAGAGAAAGAAGUAGACUGAACACAGCCAGCAGACUGGACUGGCCAGGGCUGUCUGUGAGAGAGGAGAGAAUGGCAGGAGACAGAGACUAGAGAGAGCAUGGUGAGAACAGCUGGGUUAUAAGAAUAUGGGGAAGAGCUAGGGGAAGGAAAGCCUGUGAGCUGAAGGGGGUUCAGGGUAGAGGAGGUGAGAAGGGCUAGGAUGCUAGCCUGGACUUUGAAGUGUAUAACCGUGACUUGUGAUACUGAGGGAGUCAGGCGGCAGCAUGGGCUUUGAUAUGUUGAUAGGCACCACAGGCAGCCGCAUGCCCCUUCUGCCAGAGGUAAGGGAAAUGACUCCUGUGGCAGGUGGGAACUGGUUUCACAAGUUCCUGAGGAAUGCUGGUUUUUAUCUAACCACUUGAACUCCGGUAGCUCAUUUCUGGAUAUUGUAGACUACCUCUAGGACCUAACAGUCGUCUAAAUGGGGCCAUCUUGGAAAAUAAGAUGUUCAUCUGGUCUAUUCUGUUCUUAGCAAAAUGAAUAGCUGUCUAAGAACCAGCUACUGGUGUCUUCUGGAUCCUCCAGUCAGCUUUCUUAUCUAUUUUUUUGGUUAAUCCCUAGUGAUUUCUCUUAAAGCAAGCAAAUAUGGAAAUACAUUUGAAUAGAGAAGCUGUUCUUGAAUAAUAUUGAAUAUUGAACAACUCUGUAGGUAUUUGUGUGCACUUUGUAAAGAUUGGGUGAGUUAAAAAAUAGUAUAAAGUUGGGUAUUUUUCUGUAAGAUAUAAACGGACUCAAUGCUUUGGGGAGUAAGAGUUACCCACAUUUACACAGGAAGUCAUUACUCUGGUCUCCCUUAACAGUGUGAUGGGUGCAGUUUGAGGGUGGACAGUUGG